AUGUCUGGCGGCUGGAACCCCGUUACGGGCCGCGACAAUCAUGGCGGCCGUCCCAACUUUGCGCCGCAGGGUGGCGGCCCCAUGCCUUCUCAAGGCCAAGCCUAUAUUCCGCACGUCGGCGGACCGGGCUUCAAUUUUGGUAUGGCUCCCCCGUUUGCGGGCUAUCCCGGCAUGGGUGCUUACGGUGGUUACAUGGCAGCGCCCCCUCCAGGCGUCGCCGGCUUCUUCCCGCAGUCCGGCAUGAUGCCGCCUACGCAGAUACCUUCGGCAGGACUCUACACGCAGCAGAGCUUCUCGUACCAGCCCAACGGCACGGGCAACAUUCUCCCGCGGCAGCCGCAGCCCUACCCCAACAUUGACCCGACCAUGCCCGCCGCGCAAAUGACCAACAGCUCCGGCGGCGUCGGCUGCGAGCCCGGCUACAACUACUUCUUCCCCGCCGAGCACACCAAGGCGCACAUCUUCAAGACGAGCACCCCGCCGUGGCAGCUCCCGCCCACGGCGCAGAUCCCCUUCAAGGCGACGCACAUCCCCUGCACCACCACCAUGGCCGAGCUGCUCAUGGGCUUUGGCUGCACCAACCCGGUCGCCAAGAAGAACCGGUGCUUCGAGGUCAUUGGCGGCGGCAGCGGCAAGUGGUACAAGGGCCUGGCGAUUAGCGGCGACGACAAGGACAUGAUGAAGAAGACGAUCAAGGAGGUGGGCUGGGACAUGACGAGGACGGGCAACGCGCACGAGAAGCCGAUUGUGUGUCUGUGGUUCUGCAAGGAUUAA